GAUUACUGAUUCGUUCGAAGCGAAAUGGCACCGAGUAUAGCCACCAGGGCUGCUCCACCGGCAAAUCGCAAUGAGCCCUGCAGCCGUUGUCCACCCAAGAAGAAGGGAGAGACGAUGAUGGGGUUGGCGGAAGAGGCGUUGAGGAAGAGAAACGAGGAAUUGGAGAGAGAACUGAAGAUGAGUUUGGAGAGGGAGGAGAAAAUGAGGAAAGAACUGGAGAAGACCUCCCAGAGACUCAGAGACGUAGAGGAGGCUGAGGAGCUCCUCUGCUUUCAAGUUGGGGAGCUUGAAGUAGAAGCCCUCGAUCAGGCACGCGCUGAUCAAGCCCAGAUUAGGUCCCUGAUGGACCAACUCUCCCAAGCUCACAAGCUUCUCCAGGCCGCCCAGAAGAAACAACUGCAACAAUAA